GCCCCGAACCCGCCCACCGCCCUCUCGCAGCCUCCCAGGGCUCUCCGAAACAUUCCUCGCCAGGUUCUCCAAAAGGGUUCUCUGUGGCGUUCUGGGAAGCUCCAUACGCCCCGGGGCCUCGGACCUUCAUGCGUCUCCCAGCAGCAGAGUCCACCCACACCUCCACCCACCACACCACCACCACCACCACCAUGAGCUGUGAGCAGGAGUUUGGAGACGGAGCCAUGGGAGUCACGCUCACGCUGCGCCUCCUCAUGCACGGGAAGGAGGUAGGAAGCAUUAUCGGCAAGAAAGGGGAAACGGUGAAGAGAAUACGAGAAGAGAGCACUGCGAGGAUCAACAUCUCGGAGGGCUCGUGUCCGGAGAGGAUCAUCACCAUCACGGGCCAGACGGACUGCGUGUUCAGAGCCUUCACCAUGAUCACCUUCAAACUGGAGGAGGACCUGACAGCGUUGGUAGCCAAUGGCACGGUGAGCAGCAAGCCUCCGGUCACGCUGCGGCUGGUCAUCCCGGCCAGUCAGUGCGGCUCUCUCAUCGGGAAGGGCGGCUCCAAGAUCAAGGAGAUCCGAGAGACGACCGGUGCCCAGGUGCAGGUGGCAGGUGACCUCCUCCCGAACUCCACGGAGAGAGAGGUGACGAUAUCGGGGAGCCAGGACGCCAUUAUCCAGUGCGUCAAACUCAUCUGCACUGUGAUUCUGGAGUCUCCUCCAAAGGGAGCGACUAUUCCGUACCGACCCAGCCCGACCCCGGGAACCGUGCUGCUGGCAGGAAACCAGGUGUUCGAGGCGUCGGACUUUGGCUCUCACCCUCUUUUCUCCGUGGCACAGGGAGGAGUAGACAUGCAGCAAACGUACGCAGUACAGAGUCACUACGGCAUUCCACAUUCAGAGUUAGCAAAGCUCCACCAGUUGUCGAUGCAGCAGCAGGGCCUGGCCCCCAUCAGCCAAUCAGCGACACAGGUUCUCUCUGAGACUUUCAAACAGCGUUGGUGUUAUAGUGACAUUCUCUGCUCUGUCAGAAAUGGAGCGGUGGACGCCAACUCCCAAACUACAUCUCAGGAGCUCCUCAUUCCAAACGACCUGAUUGGCUCAAUCAUCGGUCGCCAGGGCACCAAGAUAAACGAGAUCCGGCAGGUGUCGGGGGCUCAGAUCAAGAUCGGCAGUCAGAUCGACAGCACCAGUGACCGCCACGUCACCAUCACCGGCACACCGAUCGCCAUCAACCUGGCUCAGUACCUGAUCACUUCAUGUUUAGAGACCGCCAAAUCCACUGCCCAGUCCUCCUCCAUGCCGUCUCCCGUUGACCUGACCAUGAGCUUCACCCAGCCCGCCCCCCCCGCCUCCUCCUCCUCCUCCCCCCUGGCAGCGAUGGGCGCCACUCUGCCCCACGCUCAAAUGCUGGGCGCUCCCUACGCCCUCCCCCUCUCCAGCCUCCUGGGAAUGAAGUCAUUCCCUUACCUGGCACUCUCCACCCCUCCUGCCUCAGCGGCGGCGGCAGCAGGUAUCGGAGCGCCCAUGUUGCAGGGCUCGAUGCAGACGGCGGCGGGCGUUCCCGUUCAGGCUCACGCGGCGGCGGCGGCUGCCCUGGCGUCCUACACGGCCAAGAUCUCAUCCUCGGCCAACGGGAUGAAGAAGCCGGAGAGACAGAAGUUUGCACCGUACUAACGGCGGCGAGGGAAUGAGUUUGCAUCGCUGAGGUAGCUUCUGGGAACCAGGCUGGUUUCUUUUUUUUAGAUGGAAGGGCACGUUUUAUUUUCAUACUUUUAACACUCUCUCACUUCUCUUUCGUCCUCUGCCUCUCCAUCUCUUAUUCCGUUCUUCUUGCUCAAAACAUGUCAAAGGGGGAUCAUUGUAGUCUGUGUGAUUUCAGAUGUGAAAAGUGCAGCAAUAAGUAAGGUUUUUCCAUGGGUAAGUCGCACUGAACUUGCCAUGAUCAGUGCCAUAAUUGGACCAAAAAGGUGCCAGUACACUAAUUCAGCAGUUCCAUGACAUGGCCAUUGCAUGUGUCUUGGAUAUAUUUACGUAUAUUCAAGCGUAUAUCUUGUAGGG